AUGGUGAACACAUCGCUCAAGCGCAGACGGACUGAGGCGGAGAUGAGGAAGGGGGCGCCGAAGAAGGAAAAAAAGAAGGUCAAGCGUCAGAAGUACUACCACAGUUCGGACGACGAGUCUGGCGACGAGAAUGUCGCGACCGAUGCGCCCAAGAACUACAAGGCGCCAAGAGAGCAAGAGGCGGAAGAGCCAUUCGAGCCGUCAGGUGCAAAUGCCGUGGAGCGGAAGCCAAAGCCUCUGAAGUCCGCACUCAAGCCUCCACCCAAGCACAAAAUGACAGUACCCGCCAAGGUUGCGGCAGCCGACCCGGCGCACGACUCUUCGCCGAGCGAGGACGAGCUUGCGGACGACGACGACGAGGAGGAGGAGGAAGAAGAGGAGGGGGAGGAAGAGGAGGGAGAAGAGGAAGAAUCUGACCUAGAGGCCGAAGCCGACGAAUUUGACAUUGAAGACUCGGACUCGGACGUCUCGGAAACAUCGACGGCGGCUGCGCGCAAAGUGAAGAAGCGCAACGACCCGGACGCUUUCGCAACCUCGAUCUCGCGCAUCCUCAACACCAAACUUGCAUCAACAAAACGCUCCGAGCCCAUUCUCGCCCGCUCCAAGGACGCGCAAACGGCCAACAAGGAGCUCGCAGACAGCAAGUUGAACGAGAAGGCGCGGAGACAGAUUCUCGCCGAGAAGCGAGCGGCGCGCGAGAAGGGGCGAGUCAAGGACGUCCUGGGCCUGAACGACGCAAGCACCAGCACCGCCGAAGUCACGGCCAAAGAGAAGGAGCUCAGGCGGACAGCACAGAAGGGUGUCAUCAAGCUCUUCAACGCAGUGCGCGCAGCCCAGGUCAAGGGUGAGCUAGCAGAGCAGCAGGCCAAGGACCAGAGCAUGGUUGGCAUGGCGAAGCGCGAGGAGAAGGUCAAGGAGAUGAGCAAGCAGGGAUUCCUCGACAUGAUCACGGGCGGGCAAAAGGCGAAGGAGGGGUCUGUUGAAGCAUAG